UCAAAUUUAGAUUCUCCUUUGCGGUUAUAACUCGCAAGUCCGAGGGAAGCUCGUCCUAUAUAAAGACCUCAGUCUCAUAUUACAUUUUAUCCCAAAGAAAAGAAACUGCCAAGGUUUAGUUUUGAGGGUGAAACCACUCUUAAUUUUGAAGCCAUGGUCUCCUUUCACAAAGCGCUUACCGAGAGUACUCCAAGGCCAGAAAUCCAUGCAGAAUUCGAAGCAUCAUCGAAGAAGAGAAAGUGGGAAGAGCCAUUUGCCGAAGAUUUCUUCAAGGAUCAUCAAACAAGUAUAGAGAAGAGGAAAUCCGUCUUCGAUAUAGAGCUUCACCCUGAGACCCCUUUUUCUUCAGAUAAAUGGCGUCAAUACCUCACUAUUCAGUCAGGGCAGAUACAGUUGUGUAACACAAGAACAACAACAGAGAACCCCGGAAGAAGCCCCGAAUUAGAACCACCUUCUUCUCAUCAUCAUAUGAGUUUAAACCUUGAGCUGAAUUUGACGUGUGAAUCACCGAGGAAGAAAGAAGAAGGCUAUGGUUAUGACAUGAAUGAGAAAAAGAGUUCUGGUUCUUCCCCUGGGGGUUUGAGAGAAUUACGUGAGGAUCUGUUUACUGAUCAACCAAGCAAGUUUAAUAAGAAAGAUUCAGAUGGUAAAAUUCUUUCUCCUUCAUGGUUGUCAUUAUCUGAAGAUGAUUAUAAAGAGAUGGUUGCAACAGUUUGCAUGCGUUGCCACAUGUUGGUAAUGUUAUGCAAGUCAUCUCCUUCAUGUCCUAACUGUAAAUUCAUGCACCCACCAGAUCAGAACCCUUCAAAAUUCUUGAAGAGAAGGUGCAGUCUCUUCUGCUAGUUCUUCAAAAUUAUCAGGAACGUCAAUCAAAUACUACAUAAAUUUCCACCUUUGACCUUACGUAUAUCCUUCUAUUUUUCCCUCUGAAUAUCCUAAGUUCUUCAAAUAUAGCUCCUCAAGUGUAUGUUCAAAACGGUGGGGUGAUAAUUAAUCUAGCUCUACGAAAUAUAUGGCACUUAAUUUGAUUGUUAGAACGAAUGCGAAUAAGUGGGUACCGUAGAGGCUAACCUGGUAUACCAUCAUCAUAUAUUUAUAUGUACAUAGCAUUCUCGAUCAUCCAAAACCCAUCCAUGUUGCCAGAGCAGAAUUGAAUUUCGGUACAUACUUUCAGGAUUUGGAAACAAGACAACCCAUUGUUAUGGAUGAUGGUGGCUCUUAAUUUAUUAGCGUUUUUCUUCUCGUUGCAACUAAUGUUCAAUUUGAUCACUGUUGUUAUUUUCUUUAUAA